AAGGAGACCCCAGGGUUGAUACUACUUAUAAUACUUUAAUGUCCAGAAGAAUUUAGAAACAUCUAGAAGAAAAGGUGGACAAACAGCGGUGUCAGCAGGCUGAUCUCUUAGUCCGGCUCAGCUCUCCCGGAGAGGACAGACCCUGUGCCUGCGACUGUGUCCUCAGCCCUGCCAAGGAAGAUGCUGUGGGGACUAGCUCUGCUGUUACUCUGCGAGGUCUCCCUCCAGCCCUCAGCGAACGCUGUCAAAGUGUGUGGGCGCCCCCCGCUGAUAGAGAACGCGGAGAUGGAAGACGACAGGCGUGUGUUUGAGGCCGGAGAGGAGACCUUUUACACCUGCAAGCCCGGAUACAAAACCACAGGGGGCUCCAGGAAGGUGGUCUGCACCCUGUCUGGGGCCUGGAGCAGACCAACUCUGAAGUGCUCCCGAAAAUCCUGCCCCGUACCAGGACCUCUGCUGAACGGACAGAUCCAGUUUCCCGUCGACAUCAGCUUCCAGAGCGUCGUGAAUUUUACCUGCCAUGAAGGGUACGUGCUUCAGGGUGCCCACACCAGCCAGUGCCAGCACGACGGGACCUGGAGCCAGCCGCUGCCCGUUUGUGAAACCGUAACCUGUGGUCUCCCGGACAUACCCCAGUACGGACUGAUCCACCACACCAAGAAAAUCACAGGAAACACAACGCAGUUCGGAGAUGUGGUGAAGUAUGAGUGCUCUCCGCCUUACGCCCUGUUUGGGAAUGAGUUCGGAUCAUGCCAGGCGAAUGGGAAUUGGACCAAGCCUCCAGAGUGCAAAAUCGUGACUUGCCCGUUCCCCAGCGGAAUACCCAACGGGUUCAUGACGUUCGCUGUCGUGAGAGACUACGGCUACAGAGAGAAAAUUAAAUACGGCUGCAACCCUAGUUUCAUUCCGGAUGGCCCACUGGAAAUCCAGUGCGAGAAAACGGGAAACUGGUCCGCAAAGCCAGUCUGCAGAGCAUCCUGUAUAAUUGAUAUUCGAAGAGGACGCAUCUUUUAUAGUAGUAAAAAGAUAUGGAUUGAAGACCUGCCUGAGAAACGAGUGCAACAUUCUGAACAUGUGGCAUUUUACUGCAAAAAUGAGGAAAAGAAGUGUGGGUACCCAGUGGUGACCCAGUGUGUUGAUGGUACCCUGAAUAUCCCAGAAUGCUUCAAAGAACCUGGUGCAGUUGAAUACAAGUUAAAUUACAAGUCACUACCUUCAGAAAUUAAGAUGUGUUAAUUCCUCAUCAUUCUCUCUCACGAUACCAUGAAACAAAAAUAAUAAACUGUGUUUAUAACACCGCU